ACUGUUUUUUUUUAAUUUUAAUAUCUAUGGAUUUAUCCGCAAAGUAAUUAUCGAUUCGAAUCCAUGUGCUUGAAUUAACUAGAAACUUCGAAGCAGCGGCGUCUGCAAUGAAGUUUUGUUCAUACACGUGUGAAUAUUCGUUUCAUCGAUGUGAUCAGAAUAAAACGCGGAAAGAUGAUAGAUUUAAAUCAGAAACCGCUGAAUUCGUUCGAGAUCAUAGUAGGAACGUACGAGCAAUAUUUACUCGGCUAUAAAGUGGACAGCAUCGUAAAUGAAUAUAAAAUAGAGAAAAGUUUUGCGACUCACAGUCAUGUCGCAAGCAUACGUAGUGUUGCUAGUAAUAAAUAUUAUCUAGCUUCGGCUGGUGCUGAUGAAACAGUAUGUCUCUAUGAUAUGCGUUAUAGACGAGAAUCUGGGAAAUUGAUGCAUCAUAAAGAUACUAUCAAUUGCAUUACGUUCACUCCAGAAGGCUCACAUCUGUUCACAUGCAGUAACGAUGGAAGUAUAACUGCUGUUCGCUGUGGCAAUUGGCAGGUGGAGAAACUCUGGUCGACCGCACAUAAAAGUUUAGUUGUCAAUACCUUGGCUAUUCAUCCGACAGGAAAGCUAGCAUUAUCUACAGGAGUAGAUGGCGUGCUUAGAACAUGGAAUCUGAUCAAAGGCAGACAAGCUUAUGCCAUUAAUUUAGUACCAAAACUGAAAUCUAAUGCCAAGUGGAUAACUAUUGUUAAAUGGAGUCCGAGCGGUGAAAAAUAUCUGUUGGCUGUUAAUGAACAUAUUUAUGUUUAUUCUGUAGAAUCAGCCGGAAUAGAUAGGGAACUCACGUUUGACUCCAAGAUUAUAUGCGUAGAAUUCUUGAAAGAUAAUUUAAUCGCGGUCGGUUUUGAGAAUGGAAGUAUCAAAUUUUGUGAUCUUAAAACCUCAUUGCAUACGAUAGACACAAAAGCGCAUGACAUGAGAGUGAAAUGUAUCGCACAUAUGAACGAUCUGUUAAUUAGUGCCUCCAGUUCCGGCGAGAUUAAACUUUGGAGAUAUAAGAAGCAUAAUUUGGAUAUGCUACAAACUGUUAAUUGCGGCGCCCGAAUUACUUGCCUCGCUUUGGCACAAACUUACAAAGAUUUAGAGCAACAGAAAGAAGUUAAGUCGGAAGAAGAAGAGGAAAUAAAAGAAAAAAGCAAGCUCAGAUUGAAACAAGAAGUUAUCAUCGAAAAUGAAGAGGACUUGGAAGUGACAAAAAAUUCUAAAAAAAAGAAAUCAAAAAAUGAAAAGAAGAGAGCUAUAGAAGAUGCCGAGGAUAAUAUUCGGCAUACAAAGAAAAAAGCUCCAGAAUUAAAAGAAACCGUUUUAAAAAAGAAGAGAGAUGGAUCAUCAGAUGUUGCUAAACCUAGAAAAAGGAAGAAAUUGUCCAAAACGAAUGAGACAAAUCCUAGUAAAAAACGAAAAGACAGCAGUGCCGCGUCACAGAUUACUACUCCAUCAGCAAAGAAAUUGAAAAAGUCAAGUAAAGUCGAGGAACCGCCUCUUUCUCGCAAAAAACAUAAAAUAAAAUUACCGAUGAUGGACGUCGAAGAUGCUCCACCUAGGAAUAAAAAGAAAAUGAAUGUGGAGAAACGAGUGCCAAAGAAAAAAAAGAAGAAAGUAACAGGAUAAAUUAGGAUUCAAUUACAAGAGGAGUCUCUUUAUAAAAAUUAGGUCUGGACGAGAUAACAGUUUCUGGGCGUCAUUAUAACGCGAGAAGAAUCGUCUACCACAAGAUGCAUUUAUGUGGUGGGUUCAUUGGACUGCCGAGCGGGCACUUCCAGGCCUUUGCAAACUCUGCGUUGUUCGACAGCGUUCCAAUAACUCGGAAGUGAUUCGGCGCGUGCUCGCCUUCUAUCACUUUGGAUUUCAACGCUCCAUUUGUGUAAUUACCGCACCAGACCUUAGAAAAAAAUUAAUGAUUCUGACUCAUAAAAUUCUACACGCCAACAAAAAUUAGGAAAUUUAUUUUUGUGAGACUUCUCGUGAAUUUAAUUUUUACAUAUAUAGAUCUUAUUACAAAUAAUUUUAUAUUAAUCUGACAAGACAAACAGACAUUUCGAUGGAUUCAACAUUCUCUUGUAAAUUUCGUCUAUAUGUAUAUAUAGUUUUUAUAAUAAUAUAUGUAAAAUAAAUCUUUUAUGUAAUUUUAUGCAGGCUUAAUAUAUAACAUUAACUUUUAUUGGCAUUUAAAUAUACUCCAUUUAGUACUAUUAAAUAAAUUGUCUUCUUAAAA